UUCUACUAUGUACAACACUUUUUCUUCUUGCACGCCAUAUAAUCAUCACGUGACCACAUACCAAGCUCCAGCGGCAGCAUUUCAGCUCUUCCUCUCCGCAUCUCCUGCACCAAAUCUCCAUCCAUUCCCACACUCCAUCACCCAGCAUGUCUCUACCUUCUCUCGCGCGUGCGCUGCGCACGACAGCGACUACAUAUCCUGCAGCAGUACCACGCUUCACCCCGAUCCCCCACACCUUCACGCGCAGCAUUACCACCACCCAAAACAACCAAGCACAAGCAGCAGCAUCACGUCGACCCAACUCCACCCAAAACAACAACAACCAAAACCAAGAUCAAAACCAAAAUAACAACCCCUCUCUCUCCCCUAAACCCACCUCCAUCAACACCACCGGUCCCAAUAACAACAACAACAACAACAACAACAACAACACCCCCCAGAAAAUUACCCCCAAUCUCACCACCACCGGACUCCACGACCAACCCCUCUCCCCACUCCCGACACCAGAGACCCAGAGCCAAUAUCAAACCAACGAGGACCGAAUCGACUGGACGCGGUCAUUCCACGGCCUCUCCGCGGAGCCCUUCCCGAAAGAAGCGGCCGACAUCCUGCUCGCGCCGACCGACCCCGAGGAAGUCGAGAUCAAGCCGGACGGGAUCCUGUAUCUCCCGGAGAUCAAGUACCGACGGAUUCUGAACAGGGCGUUUGGACCGGGCGGGUGGGGGCUGGUGCCACGGAGUGAGAGUAUCGUGACGCCGAAGAUGGUGACGAGGGAGUAUGCGCUUGUUUGUCAUGGACGGCUUGUGUCUGUCGCUCGCGGAGAACAAGAUUACUUCUCGCCAGAUGGCAUCCCCACCGCUACGGAGGGCUGUCGGUCCAACGCCUUGGUGCGCUGCUGUAAGGACCUGGGCAUCGCCAGCGAGCUCUGGGAUCCCCGCUGGAUCCGCAAGUUUAAGGCCCAGCACACCCGCGAGGCGUUUGUCGAGCAUGUGGUUAACAAGCGCAAGUCGAAGAUCUGGGUCCGCAAGGACGAUGAGGUGUCUUAUCCUUGGAAGGAGACGAAAUAGAUCACGUCCAUCUGGUUCCCCACGGCCGCUGGGAUGGCUUAGGCUCGCUUCUCUCCCGUGGGCGUUUGUCAACGUUAUGUAUCAUGUACUGUACGAUAGACCCUGGCGGAUUGUGUUUGAAAAAAUUAAAGGUCGGAU